CUCUGUUACAUCACGUUUCUGGUGGCCACCGGACAAAAUCAGAGAAAGUCGUUUUAUUUCAGAAACUCAACGAAAUCAUCCAUAAAAUCCGAUGAAACACGGCUUCUAAUUUAGAAAGUAUAAAAACACAAACGAUAGUGAAAUAAGGCGUCUCAUUGUUGACACCGAUGCCCAAUUGAUUAUGAAGUAAAAUGCAAAUGCUGUUACCGUUUUAUUUUUAAUUUGCACGCCUUAUGGAUGUAUUACACUAUUCCAGCUCCUUGUAUAACAUCAAAAGGGGAGAAGAAGUAUAAAAGCGCUAGUUGGCGUCACAAUUCACUAGUUUUGCGCUUGAUGGUCUCUUAGUUAGUUUAAAAGAAUGCGGGGUGGUACAAACAGCAGCUGGGGGCUGCUGCUGGUGGUGACCUUAUUUUUGUUCAGUGAUGUGUUUGCGAGGGUUAUUACUGACAUGGAAGGGGCUGCAGCCGAGCCUCGACCAGUUUUUGUUGAACUUCCUAAACACCCAGUGAGUCUGCCUCUUGUGUACGAAGUGGGAACUCCUUUAUCGGAUGCAAGUGAAAAAGUUGAGAAAGUUCUUAGAACACCUUUGGCUUUCUCAUACAACAAGAAAAGGAAACUAAGUGCGGAUUCCAAACCUGACGAAACCAUUGUGGAGUUUUAUGGACAGAAAAGAUUAAUUGGGGAUGAAAAAGGACGUUCGAGUUUGGAGUACGACGACAGGGAGGGUGGCGCGGGGGGCGCAGAGGACGCGGGAGAGACUACUAAGCAGUUAGAGGACUAUGUCAGAAAAAAUAAUCGCAAGGAUGAGGAAGAUUUGGUAGAAAAAGCCAAAGCAAUUGCAGAUAAUGUCAAGAGCCAUUUUUUUGAAGUUGAAGAGAUAAAUCAGGAUCAUGAUGGGCAUGAAGAAGUUAAUCCGUAUCAAGAAAAAGUCGGAAGGGUUAUUGAGGAGAAUUCCGCCGAAGAAGAAGAACCAAGGAAGAAGAAGGUAAGAAGAAGGAGGAAAAAUCGUAAUGGAAAAUUAAAGAAACGUAAAAAUAAGAAAGUUUUUAUUGAAAAUGAAGAAGAUACACCAGAUAAUAAUAAUAAAGAGAGCAAAGAAGUACAAGCUUUACAAGAAAGUGCUUCUGAGGGACAUGAGGAUAUUGAAGAUCAUAGUGCAUACCACCAUCAUGGAGGCCAUGGCGGAGGUGGCGGCGGCGGAGGUCACGGUCAUGGAGGAGGCGGUGGUGGUGGUGGCCACGGCCAUGGAGGCGGAGGAGGAGGCGGUGGACAUGGACAUGGAGGAGGAGGAGGUGGAGGUGGCGGAGGCCACGGGCAUGGAGGAGGAGGUGGAGGUGGCGGUGGGGGCCACGGAGGCAAUGGAAAAUAUGAAAAAGGCGGUGGUAAAAAACACAGUUCCGAGCAUCAUGGCAGUCAUGGCGAAAAAGGUGAUAAAGGCUAUAAAGGCCACCACCAUUACGAUAAGGGAGAGAAAGGUCAUCACGAUAAAGAAGCACAUAAAGGUAAAUACAAGGAUGAAGGAGGAUCUUCUAAGAAGCAUCAUGAAGAGGCUGGGCAUUUUGGGGAACAUUCGAAAGGAGAAAAGGGGGAAAAGGGCGCUAAAUAUUAUGAAGAUGGAAAACAUAGCAAAGGUCAUAGUACCAAAGGAGAGCACAAUGUUCACAAAAAGGAUGAAUAUGAGAAAAAACAAGAAUUCUAUGAUGAACAUCAUGAAGGUGGAGAACAUGAAAAGCAUGGAGGAUUCCACGAUGACCACCAUUACGAAAAGGGUGGACACGAAAAAGGUGGUCACAAAAAGGGCGGACAUCACGAAGAUCACUAUGGAAAGAAAGGUCAUCACGAAAAAGGAAGCCAUCAUCAUGAAGACAAAGGACACAAAAAAGCUGGAGGUCAUGAUGUUCAUCAUGAUCAUGUUGAUAAAUAUGCAAAGAAAGUAGAUAAGAAAGGAGGGAAGAAAUGGAGCUCUAAGAAGAGUUCAGGAACUGGAGGUGGUGGAGGUGGCGGAGGCGGCCACGGACAUGGAGGCGGAGGAGGUGGCGGCGGCGGUGGUGGUCACGGACAUGCAGGAGGUGGAGGAGGAGGUCAUGGG